AUGCUACGCGCCAAACGCCAGAAUACACAGCCCCUCGAGGACGCCUCGGUAGCCCCCGCAACCUUCACCGAUGGGCUGCCACUCCCCAAACUGAUCGCGUUCGACCUGGACUAUACGCUGUGGCCCUUUUGGGUGGACACACACGUCAGUGCGCCCGUCAAGGCCCGCGAUCACAACUCGCGUGUGGUCGACCGAUGGGGCGAGUCGUUUGCCUUCUACCCCGAUGUCUCUUCGAUUAUCUACGCCUGUAACAGUUGCUCCAUCCCCAUAGCCUUGGCCUCGCGCACACAUACCCCUGAUCUGGCCCGCGACUUGCUCAAGUCCCUACAUAUCAUCCCGACGUUCUCAGAUAACCCCGCCGCCAACAACGCUAAAUCGAUCCGUGCCCUGGACUAUUUCGAUUUCGUUCAGAUAUUCCCGGCCAACAAGACCCAGCAUUUCUCCCGCAUCAAUCAGGCAAGCGGUAUUGCGUAUGAGGACAUGCUGUUCUUUGACGACGAGGCGCGGAACCGCAAUGUCGAGACGGAGCUGGGCGUCACCUUCUGCCUGGUGCGGGAUGGCAUGACCCGGGCCGAGGUGGAUCGGGGCGUGUGGGCCUGGAGAAAGCGGAAUGGAAUCAAGCAGAGAAUGGUUGACGAGGAGUCCUCCGAUGCCUGA